AUGGACAAACAAGAAACCUCCCACAUCGAACGAACACUAUCUCCCAGAGACAAACUCUCGCAACUCGAUGCCGUCAAGGACCCCUCCUAUGUCGAUGAAGAAGUCCAAGCAUAUGCCUCCCAGGGCCAUAUUGAAAUCGAUGACUCCACCAGUCGCAGGCUCCGUGUGAUGAUCGACCGCCGCGUGCUAGUUAUCAUGAUAGUGACAUACUUCCUACAAGCUCUAGACAAAGGCACCAUGUCUUUUGCGUCGAUUAUGGGUAUCCGCGAAGACACAGGCCUAGAGGGACAACAAUACUCCUGGCUGACAACUUGUAUUUAUAUCGCCGUACUGAUUGUCGAGUACCCGACCAACUGGGUGAUUCAGCGAGUGCCUCUAGCCAAGUAUCUCGGGGCGAACGUGUGCAUUUGGGGCGCAAUAUUAGCCUUACAUGCGGCUUGCCAUAACUUCACGGGCUUGGUUGUAGUCCGAACGUUAUUGGGGAUCUUUGAGGCAUGUUGCCAACCCAUCUUUGUGCUUUGCUCAGGAAUGUGGUAUAAACGUGAGGAACAGGCGGCCACGGUGACUUAUUGGUACAUGAUGAACGGUGGGCAACAGAUCGUCGGUGGCCUACUAGCCUAUUGCUUCAGUCUCAUCGGCAAAGAUCGCGCCAUCCGAUCAUGGCAAGCCCUUUUCCUGACAUACGGCUGCAUAUCUUUCCUCUGGGGCAUAUUCGUUAUCUACUGGAUGCCUGACUCACCGAUGCGCGCAAAGUGUUUCUCUGAAAGCGACAAGCGACUCAUGGUUGAGCGAGUCCGGUCAAACCAGACAGGCCUUCAGAACAAAUCGUUCCGAUCAUACCAGAUGUGGGAAGCAUUUCGCGACCCGCAAACUUGGUGUUACUGUGCCAUUCAAGUGUUCACGACCCUGCCAACAAGUGGAUUGGGAGCUUUCGCGAACAUAGUGAUCAAAGGGUUUGACUUCACUGAAUUACAGACACAGUUGUUGGCUAUGGUUUUGGGGUUUUACAUUAUCAUCGUCCUGCUGUCGUCGGCGUGGCUCGUCAAGAAAACGGGGCAGAACCUACUAGUUAUGCUAGGAUUCAUUAUACCAUCAUUUAUCGGAACAAUCGUCCUCAUGACCGUUGACAACACCACAACAGCUACCAAAGCAGGUCUCCUCAUCAGCUACUAUAUCACCCUCUCCUUCUGGUCCGCGCAGACCCUCGCCCUCUCCAUGAUAUCACGGAAUAUAGCUGGUGCUACAAAGAAGUCCACCGUUGUCGCGGCCACCUUUAUCUCCUGGGCUGCUGGGAAUGCAAUCGGCCCCCAAGUAUUCCUGGAGAAGGACGCCCCAAAAUACUUCAUUGCCUUCGGGGUGCAUUUAGGCUGCUACUCUGUUAUGACUAUGUGCGUAAUCUUCCUUCGGUUUUAUCUAAAGAGACAGAAUAAGAAGAAGGAUGAAAUCUUGCGAGCGCAAGGGGUGGAUAACGCAGAUCCAGAUCUAGUGUAUGCGUUUGAAGACAAGACGGAUCGUGAAAAUUUGAAUUUUCGGUAUAUGUAUUGA